GCAUGAGGAAUCUUUUUAAGUCUCUUCUUUCAAUCGAGAGUGAAUGAGUGCUAGUAUGUAGGGCUUAUCUACUUACUGGACAUCAUCCUGAAAGAAUCCGAUGAACCAUGGCAACAAAAGCUACCUAGCUGACCAGCUUGACAAAAAAAUCAAGCGAUCAGAGAUUGAGAGAUUAAGCCAAUCAAAGCGACAGCCAAAACGGAAGACAUUCUCCAAUGAUGAUACGGAUCAACCUUCAAAGAAAAAGUCAAAGAAGAAACUGCAAUCAUGGGCUGAACUAACGGCAGGCGAUCUUGUUGUAAAACAGAUGGGAAGAAGUUUUCCUAGUGAACCUGAAAGCAACAGCCCAGACCUGACAAUUUCUGAUGAUAUGUGGACAGAUCAAGAGGAAGAUCUAGAAGAAACGGUGACUGGCGAUCGUCUACUGACGAAACGACUUGAAAAAGCCGAGGAAGUCGUGAUAAGUCUUGUGACAGGGCUGAACAGCUUGAAAGAGGAAGUUUCGAAGUUGAAUUCAAAAUUAAGAACUUAUGAAUAUGAAGGCGACAGUGAUCAUGACAACUCCGAAGACACAAAUGGCCACAGCAUGACAACUCUAAAAGCCACAACUAAAGAAGCCCAGAAACCUUCAAUUGCUGUCAGAGACCUGGCAGUCAAGCUUUUUAGUAAGGAAGAAUUGACAAAAUGCAGCGUUCGAGGCAGAAAAACCCACAAGAAUUUUGACGCCAGGCCCUCUCUUUGCAUGACCUGGGAAUUUAAUUAAUGCUCACAUGAUCAUGGAAACCAUGGUUUCCAUGAACCCAUGAUACCAUGGAAAACCAUGGAAAAUCAUG